AUGGAUGAUGAAGAUGAUGAUGAUGUGGUGCUUGCCAAGCAAGAAAAUGAGGAAAAGAACGGUGUCACUCUGCAAUCUCACGUUCCAAUAAGUUUCUGUGUGAGGUAGAUCUGAUGAUGAGCACAACUAGAGUUGGAAGUAGUUUCGGACAGGCAGGUUAUGGUUGUUUCCAAAAGUGAAUUUAAUAUCUCUGGUUUUCUUUUAUGUCACAUACCUAGAUUGUCUUGGGACCCAGACUAUCUUCUCCCACUUGAAUUUGUCGGUUAUCUGAAACCAUCCUUUGAGGACCUUCUCUGGGUGCACAGGAGACCAGGUAGGCACAGAGAAGGGCCUUUUUAGGAGUGGCACUACAUUUAGAAAACAUUCUCAACAGCGAGUCUCUCCUGCAGCCAAACUUAAUGGCUUUACCCUGCAAAGAGCUUUUUAAACCACUAAAGGACUUUUAAUAUGCCUAAGUGAGGCUUUUGUUGCUUUUAGGUUUUUUACUUGCUUUUUUGAAGUCUGUGUUUUGUUAUAUUACAUCUGUCAUUUAGAUUCUAAUUCAUAUAUUUGUUCCCUGCUGCCCCAUUUUAAGAAGCAUGCAUUUGACCAGUACUCAAGACAAAGCCAUCACCAUAACAAGCCUUUCAAACUAUCCAGAUAAAAAAAAAAAGUUCAUUGGAGGCACUAUGAAAAAGCCUAUUAACUAUCCUUUUGAGGCAGCAGGACUAUUUUCUGCCUCUAAAAGCUUAUCCCACAAACAGAGAUUUCUAUUAACCUGAGCCCAAAUUGCUUGGUAAUUCUCCAGGAUCUUAAAGGCCUUCCUAGAGGCCUGCAAUUUUACUGGUAAAUUCCAAUGCACAGAGGCCUCCCCACACACCUACCCACUCACUUACCACCUAGCUUGCGAAUCAGCAAAGUUUAGGAAAACCUCUCUCUUUUGUACAUAUACAUGUACAAACCACCUUCUUGUUUACAUACCCUCCAACAUUUUUCGAUGAAAAUACAGAUGCCCUAUUCCAUAAUUCUAAUACAAUUUCUACCCCACCCAUCUGACUGGGUCACCCCAGCCACUCUGAGCAUCUUCCAACAUAUAUAAAAACAUAAUAAAACACUAAAUAUUUUAAAAAAACCUUCCCUGAACAGGGCUGCCCUCAGAUUCUAAAGGUUGUAUAGUUACUUAUUUCCUUGGCUCGGGCAUCACAUAACUCCAUACUCUCCAACAUUUCUCCAAUGAAGAAAAGGAUGUCCUAAGGAAAAGCAGGACAUUCCAGGACCAAAUCAGAAGUUGGAACGGCUUUUGUAAAUCCAGAAUUGUCCUUAAAAAAUAGGGACACUGUACUCAUCCUUUUAUACUUGGAAGGAUGGGGGGGGGAGAGUGUGAGAAAUUAGCUCCACCAUCUUGCUCUGCUCUACGUCUUUUGCCUGCAUCUGUCUCCCAGUUUUCAUACCUUCUUUCUAUAUUGCCAUGUUCUCACCAACCCUUCUGUUACGGAGCCAUUUUCCUUAUGGAUUUACCACCAGGAGCACAAUGCAUUAUAAGCAGACCACAUGUACAAAACAUGAGGAGUGAUACAUAGUAUUUGCUGGUCCAUUUAUGCAUGGAUAGGAAAAGUCACCUGCCCUCCCCCCCCCCCAAAAAAGGACAACAAAUGAGACAGGUUAGUGUGUGUAAUUUCAUGCAUCUUAUCAUGAAGUGAACACUAAGCCACAAAAGCUUUUGCCAAUGAAUCUAUCAGUCCAUACUAUAAUUUGUCAUUCUUUGUUGUACAGCAAACAUUAUUAUGUUCAGAAUGAUGUUUUGGAAACAACGAAGCUGCUGCUUUAUUCAGAAAGUAAGUUGGUCUUUCCUUUCUUCUUUCUAAUUUGCAGAAUCAAAGCUGAGCCAAAAAUAG